AGAUUCCCUUGUUUACGCCUAAUAAGCAAUUUUAUAUUUCAGUAUAUGAUGACUUUUAUGAUUUCCGAGCCGGGUGGGUUCCGGCAGACGACUUGCCCGUUUCUAUGGCGAACAUCGAAACGUUCCUCAACAAGAGCAUCGGGUCGCUGUACAUGAAGCACAAGUUCUCGAGCAUCCCGGUGAACCGCGACAAACCCACAAGAGUGGCAGCAUUGGCUGGCAAUCUAAAAAAGAACAGAUACGGCAACAACUUACCUUACGACGACACGAGGGUGCACUUGCUGGAGAUCGAUGAUUAUGCCGCGUACAUCGACCCGCACUCCGAUUACAUCAACGCCAGCCACAUCACCGGGGCCGGCCCCCACCGUCGCUACAUUGCCGCCCAAGGACCCAAGAGCGAAGAGCUGUGCACGAUCCCUGACUUCUGGAGGAUGAUCGACGAACAGCAAGUGAACGUCAUCAUUAUGAUUGGGGACUUCAUCGAGGACAACGCAGAAAGCUGCGGCCAAUACUUCAGUUAUGACGGCGUGGUGAUGCUUCAAGAUCCGCCGGUAUCUGUGAUGGUCACGAUGUUGUCUACCGAGACCCCCUCGAGCUACAACGUCUCUCGCAUCCAGGUAAAGAUGGAAGUGGAAGGCAAGUCUGUGCUGCGUGACGUCACUCACUACCACUACGCCGCGUGGCCGCAGCAAGGAGAUCCAUCCGAUACACUCGCGCUCGCCAGCAUGCUUCUGGACAUUGCCUCCAGUCACCCCAAAAGUAUGUUGUCGGCGCUACACUGA